AUGAUACGCUCAAAUCCAACGGCUAUACCACUCCGAGCCAACGAUGUGAAGCUCCUUCAAUCCGAAAUCGAUAAACGUAAAGCAGCGAGGGAAGGUGACUCAUCCACUUCAACAAAACAUGACCAAGGUGAGAAAGGGAAGAAAGCAGUCGAAGAAGCAUCUGGAUCUGGAUCUGGUCUUGGAAUAGAUGGAGAAGAAAGAAGAGACAAGUACGGAAGAAGUUUAGCAGAGAGAAUAGGAUUAUAG